UGGCCGUUCUAGUUGCGUCACCUCGAGUAGGAAACAAGCGGCGAGGAACAAACACACCGCCUUUGACCGUGUGCUACACUGUAAACACUAAAGACAGGUGUAGUUUGCUGACGCAGAGAAUUUUUCUUUCUGCUUACCUAUAGACGUGUGUAUGGAAGAUGCUUCUCCGGACUUUGUGGUCCAGACUGGGAACCCAGCUGCAUGUAGAGAGCAGACCAGGCUGCAUUUUGGCCUCGGCCAGGACUCCCUUUUCCAGAACCUGCUAUUUAAACUCUCUUCAUCAGCAGCACGAGCAGAAGAGAAAUGAUCUUUUGCCUGCUUUGGGUGGAUUUAAAAGUGUUAGCAGUGGGUGUUUGACUGACCCCGGGAGACUUACUAACUGUAAAAGUGGACAGGCAUGUUUUUAUUCAACUAACCUCGUGACGUCAGUGUUAAAAUCUGGUUUAAAACCAGCAACAGUGCCUGGGAAAAGGGCACCCAAGGGACCACGGACGAAGCAGCCUUCCAGAGCCAACCAGCCUUCCCUCAGUGAAGACAAGGAUAUGAUGCAGUGCAUUGCCUUUGCAACAGCAGAUCAGUAUCAUCUGCCAACGCUUUCUCACGACUUGAUAAACCACGGCUUCCAUGAGAUAGAUUUGCCCAGAGAUGCCUCGAAUGUGCUGGUGAUAAGCACAGACAUGGCUGCAAAACCAGAUGACAAUGCUCAAAUCUUCUUCUUCAGGGAAGGCUCAGUAGCUUUCUGGAACGUUGAGGAGAAAACGAUGAAAAACAUUUUGAGAAUACUGGAACGCCAUGAGAUCCAGCCUUAUGAAGUAGCAUUAGUCCACUGGGAAAAUGAGGAGAUUAACUACACUGUGGGAGAGGGAAAUACAAAGCUUGAGCGUGGCAACUUUAUUCUGAGUGACAAGAUGGAUCAAGAGGAAGCAGUUUUGGAGAAAUUUGCAUUUUCAAAUGCACUAUGCUUGUCUGUGAAGUUGGCAAUAUGGGAGGUAGCAUUAGACAACUUUGUAGAGUCAAUUCAAUCAAUUCCAGAGACACUGAAGUCUGGGAAAAGAGUCCAGUUGUCUUCUGCAGAGGUUAUGCAGAAGAUAGGAGAGCUUUUCACAUUAAGGCACUGUAUAAACCUGAGAUCUGACCUUCUCCUCACACCUGAUUUCUACUGGGACCGAGAAAACCUGGAAAAACUCUACGAUAAGACGUGUCAGUUCCUCAGCAUCAACCGCAGAGUCAACGUUGUGAAUGAAAAGCUGGAGCAUUGCACACAGCUGACGGACCUGAUGAGGAGCCACCUGAGUGAGAAGCACAGCUUGAGGUUGGAGUGGAUGAUUGUCAUUCUGAUUACGAUUGAGGUUAUGUUUGAACUUGCAAAAAUGAUCUUCUGAAGUGCUCCUCUGAUGCUGCAACAAAUCUAAAAAAAAAAAAAAAAAAAAAAGGGGCACAAGCAGCUAUGAAAGAAGAAUGCUGCAUUGUGCAAAGGCACUGAAUUGUGAAGGGGACCUAGAGCAUGUUGAAUGUGUUUUACGCUUCAUGUGUUACAUCAGCAAAUUACAGAAAAAUGUUAAUUAUUUUUAAAUGUAGUUGUUGUUAAGGGUCAUUGCUGGAGGGUUGAGCCAGAUUUUAUGCAUAUUUGUUGUUUACUACUGUAAAAAAAAAUCACCAUGAUCUGACUGUUAUGUUUUUGGACUUUAGAUUCUUGUCUUUAUGUUCUCACAUGCAUUCAUAUAAUAGAAAAAAAUGUAUUCAGGUCAGUGUGAAAGCUGAAUUUUUAAUAGGCCUUAUUUGAAUGGGAAGGCAGGAACUCCCAUCCUGUGACACCAAUUGUAGGACUACAUCCAGUUUUACUAAGGCCCAAACUGUAACUCUGUUAUUGAAGAUGGAAUAAAGUAUUUAUGUUAAAUAUUU